UCACGUUCCCCAAUCCUCAAUCCCAUCGGACCGACCGGAUUUACUCGAAUCUUCUAGAUUUGUUUUCCGUAUGACCGUAUCAGUGUACGGUGUAUCUACAUUCUACUGUAUCACUGUUCACUGAUUGUUUUCCGACUUUCCGUGCUUUAUUUGCAGCUGGUCUGACGGUCGCGUCGGAUGCGUUUUCUUCUCUCGGUCGUCGUCUAUUAUUUUUAUCAUUAAUAUUAAACGCUGACCCCCCUUGGCGUAGUCUUUUUUUAUCGCUCCAUCUAACGCCCGUAGAAACCUAACCUGUUUUCGACCCUAUCCGUCGAUUGUCUUCGCGGAUUUCCCAUCCACCGCCGUUUCAAUCAACUUUUCGCGGACGUCCAUAUAACCAUUGCCUCGUAAAUUGCGACAGGGACGAUCGAUGCUGUGUCAAGAGUAAUAUGCCUUUUGCUGAUCGCCGGGAUCGUAACAAGUCAAAGUUGAGCGAUCGCAUUCGCGGCAAGUCCACAGACGAAAUACUGGAAGAGAUCAAUCGGGAGUUCGGCAACACGGGCGGAAAUAGCAUGUUUUUCGACAAAUCUGACUCCAGGACUUCUCCUCAAAGGGAAGAAUUUCCGUUUGAUGAUGACAUGCUAAGAGGUCAUUUGAGUGUUCGUUCACAUUUAGAAGAUUUAGCCAAAAGACAUCCAGAUCUUGCUGGUCAUUUGCGUUGUCCACCUUGGGGAGGUGAACCUAGCUCUAAGAGUUGGAGCCGUAAACGCACUGUGUCUGGAGAAGAUAACGCACCUGAGGGACCAUCAGAUCUCAAUCACAAUUACAGCGACCAUACUGAUUCUAGUCCUGAUAAAAAACGAUUUGAAGAAAACAUGGAUAAGCAACACCAGCAUCCGUUCGAAAAUAAUUCAAGAUCUCAGGAAAAUGAUGAUAAACCUCAAAGAUUUGUAUCUAAAUUAGAAUUUACACCAGUAAAUCCUAUUAAUAAUCUAUCUGAAAAUAUUCAACCACAAACACAACCUCAAACUGAUUCAUCCACACCAUCCCACGGAACUCAAAAACAACCUAAUGUGCGACACAUUCCGAUUUAUGUGGAAGGCCGUUCUGAACCAGUGUAUCCAAAGAAUGUAGAUCAAAGAUUUAAUGAAAAUAAUAGCUCAACUUUGCCAAAACGAUCUGCUGGUAAACAAACUCCAUUUGCACAACACCAUUCCUUUCAUGACCAAAAUGCUGCACAACGCCGUCAAACCCCACCUUCCCAACAUCGUCAGCAAACUCCUCCACAAGAAACCAGAUCUACUCCUCCACCCACUCCGCGCCAACAAGUAAAACCAGUAGAUGCUUUGGAAAAAGUGCAAAUCGUUCAAGCUGAUGUAGAAGAAUUGGCAGUAGCUGUUAAUCAAUUUUCUGGUUCCUCGCGUCUUGAUAAGCAAUAUAUUUAUUUGGAUGAGAUGCUUACAAGAAAUUUGAUUAAGCUAGAUACCAUUGAAACUGAAGGAAGAGACGAUGUACGUAUGGCUAGAAAAAAAGCAAUUAAAACUAUCCAGGAUACAAUUUCUGUUUUAGAAAUUAAAGCUCCUCAACCCCAAGAAGAAUUGACAGUUGAAGAAUUGUCUGGGAAUUCAACUGAAACUGCCCAAGUUGAAAAAGAGACUUCAGACACUGAAAAAGUAGAAAGCAAUAAUUAAAAUUAAAAAAAAAUAUCUUAACCAUACAGUGCAGUUCGAUACAAUGGUUAAUUAUUAUAAUUUAUGUUUUUUGUGUUUAAUAAAAUAUUUUACAUCUAUUGUUCCAAUAUUUCAUUUACAUUUAAGAUUGUCUUUUGUCUGUUGAUACAUUAUUUUUUUUUUUAACUUUCGUAGUUUUCAUUAGUUUAAGCAUUCUAUCAAAAUAAUAGUUCAGUGUGAAGACUGGUUACACUGAAAAUGAAUGUGCUUAUAUAUUCAAAUUGUCUUACAGAUUAUAUUAUUUAGUUUGAGAAAUCAUAUUUUUAAAAUUACACUUUAAGCAAGUUUUUAUUUGUUAAUCUUAAAAACUAUCUAAAUAAUAAUAAAAGAUUGUAAAAAAAUAUUUUGUCUUAUAUGUAUUUUUUAAGAUUGUAAUGUGAUCUAUAUAAUAUAUAUAUAUAAAUAUAAUA